AUGGAUUCCUACACUCAAAGCAGGCAUGUCAUCCGCGUGCGACUGCAGAUAAAAUCGGUGAAGUUUUCGACACAAUGCCUGAACUCAACAUCUCACCGUUCACGUGUCAGUCUCACACCAGCAGCAUCCGAAAGUUAUAGAAACACUUCAUACUUUCAAGCCGAAUGCCCGCGUUUUCUAUGCAAAGGUAAUCAGAUCGAGCAGGGCACAUGGAGCGAGCUGAAUGGAAUGAGCUCAGGCCUAGUCUCCGUGAUGGCAUAUGGGAUUUUGGAUAUGAAGCCGACGCGCCUCCCUGGCCAUCCACCGAUUGAGUUAAGAAACUGGCGAGCCUCCACUAUCAGUUCACUAUUCGGUGUUAUCAAUGGCGCUAUAUCGGAGGGUAUCUGUGGCGCACCUAUUGCGAAUUGCGAUACAGGCGGAUUCGGCGGCUUCUUUCAUUUAUUUAGGGGAACCAAUUGUUUGACUGCACACCUAGAUGAUUUGGUCGCUGAAGGAUGGCAAAUAGUCUAG